CAACACGAGCUUACGAUCGAUACACAAACUACAAAAUGAUUCAUAUGACAAAAGAAAGUAUACUGCUGUACAUAAUUAAAAGAGCACGCCACAUACCAAGUAUUUUUAGACCUAUUUAUAGUCUUCUUACAAAUAACUUACAUUCUUACUUUAAAAAAAAUGGCGACGUAUUGCAAAUAGUUCGACGUUCGACAUUGAACUGCAGUAAUUAAACUACGAAACUGGAUUAGAAACGGCAGAAUACUUCACACGUAAGAAGAAAGUUAUUUUAGUCCCGAGUGCGCAGUGUCGACCGAGACUAAACAUAGCCGAGUGAGUAUACGAAAGCCAGUAGUGUCAUUUAAUUGUUCUCCGACGUCAAGAUUUGUCAAUGGAUUCAAAUUAGGGAAAAAAUUGCAGUUAACUGAAAAAUGCUCAGAGUGAAGUCUGUAUACUUUUUGUUCUUAUGAUGCAGUCGUAAUCAAUAUCAAUAAUUAAAGGAGAAAGAAAUAACAGAUUAAAAUGACGUCGCACUCGAAAGACGUGAGUACAAAUUGGUCAGAAAUUCGAGAAACCGGAAAAAAUUCCAGACACUGUCUGAUACUAGGAAUAUUGAUCAUAAUCUUCUCUUCGUCAAUAACGGCAGUUUCCUUCCUGGAAAAGUAUUUGCAGAGAUAUUAUUUGAUACUUAGAGUUGCGGGUAUUGUCGGAAUUAUACUAGGAAUUGCUGUGCUUAUGGCCUCGAUAUUGCCAAACAGAAAAUUUACAAAACGAAAGAACUUUUUCGUUGUUCGUGAUGAGAUGACUUCAAAAAUCUUCCUCGUCGAUAAGUCUCGCGGAUCGUGUUUCCGUUACGUCGGUGAUUGGUGUAGUAGUAUUUGUUACUGUGGAUGCUGCAACAUUGGUGAACCCGAGAGUGCUGCCGAAGAACGCCGUAACAGUGCAUGUGUAUGUGAUAAUGCCGAUAAUAGUUGGGUUGGUAAAGAGAAAAUUAUCUCCAAAUAACUCCAAAGUGCGCUGGAGUUAGCAAAAGUGAACUGUAGGAGUAAGUGAUAAAUUUACCCCACAUUCUUGGUUAAAGUUCUAAAUAUUUGUGAUAUUUUGUGAUAUAAACAUUUGUACUAUUGUGUUUCUCUUUAUUAUUUCUUCGUGAGAUGUUUAUUUUCUUUUAUUAGUAACAAAAAUUAAUGAAUGUAUGCGGAACAGUAAUUUAUAGUUUCUACGCAAAACAGAGAUUACCCGGAGCAAUACAUUGGUAAUGCAUAUAUGGACGUAACAUCAGACGUGAUACAAUAAGUUAUCCAUGAGUGGGGGAAAGAAUUCAGUUAAAUGACACAUAUUGUGCAUAACCAUUACAUUUCUAUGCACAUAUAAAUUUCUUUAUAUGUGCAUAGAAAUGUAAUGGUUAUGCACGUGCACCUGAUAAGUACCUAUAAAAGAAAAUGACUAAAAAGUGACAAAAAUGUUUGUAUUUUUUAUAUUCGGGAUUGUUUUAUUAAGUAUAAAAAUCAGGAAAACAUUAAAAAAUCACGUUCUUCGAAAAUUAGUCCAGACGGAUGAAAAGUGUUUUUUAUUUUUAAUAAUAUAAGUUGUAUUAGUAAGUCUCGGAUAAUGGCAGUUUUUUUCGCCUCUAGUUCUUGUAUUAUUAAGAAAAUAUAUAGAACAUUUUGAAAAAUAAUUGUCGUUUAAAUUUUUUAGUUUUUCAGGCUACGGGUAAAACGACGUUUUCCCAUACAAUGAGAUUCUUUAUCCAUGAAUUUGGCAGCACUCGCAAUGACGGCAAAAGAGACGAAGAGGGGGUCUCCAUAUAUUUGAGUCAGUUUCUACGCCAACUAUAAUUCAACGUCACAUCUCUAGAGCGGAAGUUGGAGCCCGAAUGUCUCGGUCAGUCGCUGGUCAAACUAUUUAUUCACACGCAGUGCCAAAGUCGCUUUAAUUUUUGGCUGUCUUCGCCCGGUGGGCACUAAGAGGGUUUCUAUUCCAAAUCCA